CACAUGUGAUUUAUAUCUUUGUUUUGUCGAGGAUUUACUUUGCGCGCAAAGUGGCCAUGGCUCAUUUUACGCACUGCAGGUAACCAUCAAUCUGGAGGCUCAAACAAUCAAAAACAUGGAUUAAAAUAUCAACUUAUUCCCCCCUACUCCAGAAGAGCUCAAAUGGCGGCACUUCGCAGGAAAUUUGGAGAAGACUACCAGGUGGUUAACACAAAUCGGGCUACUACUUUUUCUGCUCCGGUGAAGAAGAAGCGCCAGCGUUUUGUGGACAAGAACGGUAGAUGCAACGUGCAGCACGGAAACCUUGGAGGAGAGACCAGCAGGUACCUCUCUGACCUCUUCACCACUUUGGUAGACCUGAAGUGGAGAUGGAACCUGCUUAUUUUCAUCCUAACUUACACAAUCGCGUGGCUGGUCAUGGCAUCAAUGUGGUGGAUCAUCGCGUAUAUAAGAGGAGAUCUAAAUCACGGCCACGAUUCGUCCUACACUCCCUGCGUGGCAAAUGUUUACAACUUCCCCUCAGCUUUUCUGUUCUUCAUCGAGACUGAGGCCACGAUUGGCUACGGUUACCGGUACAUUACAGAGAAGUGCCCAGAGGGGAUCAUCCUCUUCUUGUUCCAGUCUCUGCUGGGCUCCAUAGUGGACGCUUUCCUCAUCGGCUGCAUGUUCAUUAAAAUGUCCCAGCCGAAGAAGCGUGCAGAGACGCUCAUGUUCAGUCAGGACGCAGUGAUUUCUCAGAGAGACGGGAAACUGUGCCUCAUGUUCCGCGUGGGGAACCUGCGGAACAGCCACAUGGUGUCAGCUCAGAUCCGGUGCAAACUCAUAAAGUCUCGUCAGACACCCGAGGGCGAGUUCCUGCCUCUGGACCAGUGUGAGCUGGAUGUGGGCUUUGGGACGGGUGCAGACCAGCUCUUCCUGGUGUCGCCUCUCACCAUUUGCCACGAAAUCAAUCCCAAGAGCCCCUUCUUUGACCUAUCCCAGCGCUCUCUCAUGAAUGAACAGUUUGAGAUUGUUGUUAUCCUGGAGGGCAUCGUGGAGACCACUGGUAUGACAUGCCAGGCCAGGACUUCCUACACUGAAGAUGAGGUUUUAUGGGGUCAUCGCUUCCUGCCGGUGAUGUCCCUGGAGGAGGGCUUUUUCAGGGUAGAUUACUCUCAAUUCCACAGCACAUUUGAGGUACCGACACCACCGUACAGUGUCAAGGAACACGAAGAGAAGAACUCAUUGCCCUCGCCCUUAUCCACUCCCACCCCCGCACUCACUGAAAGCUAUGGCGCCCGGCGUGACCGCGUGUUUUCUGUGGAUUGCAUCAACACAUCAGAGGAGAGGGGCCGUCAGGGAAUGAGCGGGGGUCGCCUGCCGAGCAAACUGCAGAGGAUGAGUUCAUCAGGGAAGGAGGACCUGCAGAGGAAGGUGCUUCUGCUGAGCUCCCAGCACUCAGAAAAGGCCUGCAGCACAGGAGACCUGCCACUAAAGCUCCAACGUCUCAGUUCAUCAACCGUAGGACCUGAGGCGGAGAACCGGCUGCAGCUCAAGUCGCUAAAGGUGGGAUUCGAACCCAUGACGCAGUCUACAGGAGAUCUGUAUCAGCACAGUCUAGCGCCAACACUGUCCCCUGCUCCGGUCCCAAUGCACAGCCCGCUUCUUUCAAGUGGAAGGCCAGAGGACAACUUGCCAGCAAAGUUGCGGAAGAUGAACGCUGAUCGUUGAAUCACAAAACAACAAACUAACUGACCUCUUGACAAAAACAAACAGAAGGAGACUCGCAUGGAAACAGACUUAAACAUGUACGUUGCCUUUGGAGGAUUUGAGAUGGGAGAACAUGAUAUUGGUUUUAUUUCCAGACACAAUCUUUCCUGGGAUUACUGUGAUUAUUGUGUUUCACAGCACAUGCAUUCAUGCAGAAUAUGUUACACAUGUAACAAGAAAACACGAACAUCACGCUUAACCAUCAAGACUUGAUCAUUCUGCAAGAGUUCAUGAUUGCACGCACACACUUAAUCCAUUGUUUAAUGUAUGCACCACUGAAAUUAAUA